CAGGGUGUUGAGGCUUCAUUACAUCUCCAAACCACAAAUAAAGAGGGGUACAUCUCCAUGGCAACAACCCCCCAGGCCUACAAUCACACAACACAUACAUUCAUCUGGUGCCAGGUCAGACUGUGAGUGUGUGGUUAUUACCGUCAGAGGUGCAGCAUGCACAGGUCCUACCAGCCGUUAAAACCCGUCACCAACCGCUACCUGCAGCAGCGAUGGGACCAGGACAACUUUGAAAACCACCGCAGGAAGGUGAGUUCUGCCCUGCCAGUAGUGGACACCAAAGGCAUGAGGACGCCAGCUCACGUCCAGCUCAAACUGAAAAAGCUGCAGCUGCAGGAUGAGCGCCUGUCAAUCAUCGACAGAGACAACCGCCUGCUGGCCAACAAACUGGCCGACAUCGUUUGCUCUAAAGGCCUGGUCGACCACAGAAACCAGUACCACCUGAGGAGUCUGAAUGCUGACAAGCGGAGGGAGGAGCUUCUUCUGGUCAGCCGCCAGAAUCAAGCAAUCUACCAGCGAAUCACAUCCCGCCAGUCGGAGUACCGCCGCCAGCUGUGGUUGGAUGACUGGGAGAAGGUGCAGCGUCGGAGGGGCGACAUUUCCCGCUACCCGCAAGGGCUCGGAGAUAAACAGAGAUCACUCAGGAAGGUGAAGUUUGCAGCUGUGGAGAGCAGCAGCGAGCCGUCUGAGAGCUGCAGCAACAUCGACACCGGCAGAGAAACCUGAAACACACACAAACUAUUUUGUCCAGCAACCUGCCGACGAUAAACUGGCUCCAACAGGUGACAUCACACCUCGCUACGUCUAUCUUCACAUACAGUCUGUGGGUGAAACAGGCCUUGGUGAAACUUUACAUGUGAAACCAAUGUGUUUGACAAGCUUUUUUCUGUGUGUGUGUGUUAAUUCUGUCUGUUUGAUGCUUUGUAUUAAAUGCUUUUGUUGUGAAGCACUUUGUAAUGUAGAGAUGGGAUUCUCAUGGUUACAACAUACAAGACGUCAUUUAAUGGGACACCUCAGGACAGUUGUGUGACUGCAGAGUUGGUUGUGUGAACGUUAAAAAAACAUUGUACAUUGACAAUAUAACAUUACAUCCGCUAUGAUCGACAGACUUGACUGAAGACAUUCAUAUGUGUUUGUUUUGUAUAAUUUUUCAGUCAUAAAACAACGUGGAUGAUGGCAUGAAUGCUAUUUACUGGUUGCAGACUGGUAAUUAUGGUAACUCUGACAUGACAUGAACACAGCUAACUAAUGAAAGUUAAACCAACUCUGACAGUUUAAAGCUGAGCCUGAUGAGUUUAGUCUGAAAUGUCCCAAAGGGCCACCGUAGAGGAUAAACCUGUUUUAUUUAGGUAACAAUAUGAUCUUUACUCAGGAGACAUCCUCAGGAUGACGUUAAGACUAAAUAUUCUUUUAUUCAUUCAUCCAACUAUUUUGUUUUGUGGGGUGGAAUGAACAUAUUGACUUAAGAAAUAAAAGAGUCUGUCUUUGUUUGUUUAUUAAUUUUGAAAUUAAUGUGGAUGAUUUGGUGUUUUUGUGUUUCGUUCCCUGUGAUUGAUCCUACUUUAAAUCCAAUAAAAGCUCCUGAGUCAUAAA